AUGCCAAUAACGAUUUUAGUAGUGUUCCAAGUCCUAUGCUGUAAUCCGUGCUUUGCUGCUGAAAAGACUCCCAUAUCGCCUCUGGCGGAAAGGAAUUCACCCGCUCAGUGUUAUUCAGCUGUUAAAAGUACACCCGCUCAGUGUCAUCCAUCCAUUAAAAGGGCUAGACAACCAGUCAUGGUGAAAUCACCUUCUACUGCUAGCCCUUUGACGAAAAAUUUGCGUACUGAAAAGUUACUUGUAUCAGCACCUCCAAGUACAGACCUCGAAAUAGACGACGUUUGCAGGACUGAGUCUGCCUGGAACUAUUUCACUCAACGCAGCUCUCUCUGGAACAAAAUCGGAGUAGCACUGGCGACAAGACGUACUUCUGCUUCACUGGAAGGAAUUCAAGGAAUCUGCCUCUGCCCGAUUGAUGGUUCUCCACACUUCAUACCUCUGACUGAGGAAUACUUUCCAGGAAAUGACGCAGAAGAGGCAGUUUGCCCAUCUUCAACGCCCUCGCAAUCUAUAUCUCUUGAAGAACGUGUUUCAUGCAUCUCUAUGAUUCUACAGUCUUGUGAGCUGUACCUGAUCGAUGCACUCCAAGACUGCCAUCUUCUGAGAAGGAGAUUCAAGCUAAAGAGUCCACGUGUGAGAUGUGUGUCGUACAUGGCUUUCCUUGGACAUAUGCGCCGGGGCGAUCAUGUGCUGCCCCUUCACGAAAUUGCUGCCAAGUUCCCCUGGAGUUUCGACUGUGCAUCACUUUUGCGUAUGAAUCCACGGAUUGCUUCAGGAGCUGAGGCGUACCUAGCCUCGAGGUGUACCUAUCGUUUAGAAAGCUUUCGGCUUGAGAUGCGAUCGCUUCAGGUGCUCUUUUGUCGUCUCAAACUCGCAUGUCCUGGAGGAUCCUCAACUAAACGACACCUGUCCACCAACAAGGCGAUACUGGAACAAAUGAAAACGCAACAUCCUGUCGUUGCGAAUAUUCUACAGUACCGUCGCUUCAAACAUGCUCUUACGCAAUGUAUUGUUCCAAUGCAAUAUUUUGUUGACGAUGACGGCUGUGUGUUGAUCAGCGCCGAUUACAGCCAGCUGGAGCUUCGUGUAUUGGCUCACCUUAGUGGGGAUCCCGCUUUGGUGGAAAUCCUCAAGGGAGGACAGGACGUUUUCACGGAUAUGUCGCGCAAGUUGGUUAUUUCACGUGAUACAGCGAAAAAGCUCUGCUACGGUGUAAUCUAUGGAAUGGGUGCGAAAACUCUCGCUGAAACUGUAAACAAAUCGGUGGAAGAGGCAGACAAGCUCAUAAGGAACUUCUUCCAGUCAUUCCCCAAGGUGAGGACCUACAUCAACAAUACCAAGGAACAAGCUGUCAAAGCAGGUUUUGUCACUACGAUAUUAGGACGGAGACGGGUGACCUGCAGCGCUCGCGGGCGCCAAGAAGACGUAGCAAGAGACGAUCGACAAAGCAUCAAUUAUACAAUCCAAGGUACAGCAAGUGAGAUCUUCAAAAGGGCAAUUGUGGCGCUGGACGAAAGUCGAAAAGGCGCAACGAGAAUCGUAAUGACCGUCCAUGAUGAAAUCAUCGUUGAGUGUGCGCUGGAUAAGGAAAAUGGCGUAAAGCAGUGGAUGCGAUCCUGCAUGGAAAACGUCUUUCCAGAUUUCCUCGUUCCUUUGCCAGUGAAAAUUCGUUCAGGACCUAAUUGGGGUUCACUUUCUUAA